AUGUUGCAGCCCUUCAGGUAUGGAAUUUCUGGAGGGGAUUUCCGACAAAGAACCUUGACAAAGCUAACAGUUAUCAACUCACUGCUUAGACGUCCUGUACUUCAGAGCUUACACAUAAAAGUUGGAGACAAAGCUGAACUUGCCAAAGCUUUUACACAGAACGAUGUUGUUACAUUUUCUGAUUUAACAGGUGACACAAAUCCUUUGCAUUUAAAUGAAGAUUUCGCAAAGAAAUCUAGGUUUGGGAGAACUAUUGUGCAUGGAGUUUUGAUCAAUGGACUUAUUUCUGCAGUUUUGGGUACUAAAAUGCCCGGUGAAGGUUGUGUAUUUCUUUCUCAGGAGAUCCGAUUUCCAGCUCCUUUGUAUACUGGAGAAGUCGUCAUAGCUGCAGCGGAAGUUAAACGACUGAAGGGUUCUAUUGCGCACAUUUCGGUAUCGUGUAAAGUCAAAGAAAGUGGAAAGACUGUUAUGGAAGGGAUGGUGAAAGUCAUGGUGUCAGACAGUUAG